AUGCGCCUCUGUUGCCCUAGCACUUGCCCGAUGGAGAAGAAACCGAAGGUAUCGCAGCUCUGUGAGCUCUGCCAUUGCCGUAAAGCCAUAGUGAAAAGGCCAAAGAACCUACAGAAGAUUUGUAAGCUGUGCUUCUAUGAAGUGUUUGAGACCGAGAUACACAACACGAUCGUGUCGAACAACUUGUUCUUUGAAGGAGAGCGUGUUGCAGUUGGUGCGUCCGGGGGUAAGGACUCGACGGUGCUGGCGUACGUGUUGAAGCUGCUGAACGAGCGAUACCACUACGGCAUUGAUAUUGUGCUUUUGAGUAUUGACGAGGGCAUCAUCGGGUAUCGAGACGACUCAUUGGCCACUGUUAAGCGUAACAAGGAGCAGUACCAGCUGCCCUUGGAGAUUGUUUCCUACAGAGAGCUGUAUAACUGGACGAUGGACGAAAUCGUCAGCUGUGCUGGGUUGAAGAACAGCUGCACAUACUGUGGUGUCUUUAGAAGACAGGCGUUGGAUAGGGGUGCUGCCAAGCUGGGUAUCAACCACGUUGUCACAGGUCAUAAUGCUGACGAUAUGGCUGAAACGGUGCUGAUGAACCUGUUGCGUGGUGACGUUGCCCGGCUAGAGAAGUCCACCUCGAUCAUGACUUCAAGCGUUGGCUCGCCUAUCAAAAGAUCAAAGCCCUUCAAGUACUCGUACCAGAAGGAGAUUGUGCUAUAUGCCCAUUACAAGAAGCUGGAUUACUUUUCAACAGAAUGCUCGUACGCACCAGAGGCAUUCAGAGGCACCGCAAGGGAGUUGAUGAAGAAUCUGGAGUCUAUUAGACCAAGUUGUAUCAUCGACAUCAUUCAUUCCGGUGAGAAUCUUGUUCUAAAGCCAAAGAAGGUGAGAAAGCAGUUCAGGAAAAAGGAUGUUACAGAAGUUGAGGUCAGAAGCGAUGGCUCUGUAUCUCUUUUCAAGGAUGGUAACAGGUGUGAACGUUGUGGCUAUCUCUCAAGCAAUAGGAUAUGUAAAGCAUGUACACUAUUGGAAGGGCUAGAGAAGAAUAGAGCGAAACUGAAGAUAGAUACAGACACCUCUACCGAUGGUGCUGCAAAGACAACAAGGGAGUUGGAACAGCUUUCAUUUUGA